UUAUCAGUCAGCAUCGCCGGACCAACAUGCUUCCACAGCCAGCAGAGCUGAGAGAUAAGAGGGCUGGGCUUGUUCCUUCACCCACUCAGCUUUCAGACCUCCAGCUUCAUUAACGACACCUCAGGUCAGCGAGCGACCUCCAAGGUUCCUGCUGAUCCCCUCACCGCUGCCCACCAUGAUCCUCUACCUGAUACUCCACGUUCUAAUCCUCGGUAAUGUGGAGUCACAAACAGCCAACAUGACGGAGGACAAGUCGAGCAAAGUUGAGGGGAACCAAACAAUCAGAGAGUUCUCCACUAACAACAGUACGAUGAAACCAGACAACGUGACGUCCAGCUCGUACAAAGACGAGAAGAGUCUAAUUGAGAAGGAACUGCAAAACAACCAAACAUCGACUGUUAUCACAGAGGAUGAUGAGAGUUUUCAGGACCGGGAAAACAAGAUCCCAGGCAGAAAUUGCCAAAAGGACUUGCUGGUAGAGUACAGUCACAGCGUCUGUGGUGCAGAUUUUGACGCAGAAAUGAUGUCGAUCAGCACUGGAAACUGGUGUGUGCUGGAACAUGUCAUCAACCCGUAUCACGACAUGACGUUUUGCCUGGAGAAGCUUUCUGGUAUGGUCGGCUGUUACUACCCAAACCCCAUCAUCCAGGACUUCUUCCUCUCCAUCCACUCUUACUACUUCCACAACUGCUCCUAUGAGCACUAUGAUGCACCUCAUGGGCUGGUGAUGGCCCUCACGCUCAUCCCAGUGAGCAUCAUCCCCGUACUGGUUUAUCUGGUGGUCUGGAGAAGUAAAGUCCAAGACUGAGUCGUGUUAGAGUUCCAUCGUGCUGCAAUAAACCUAUAAACAGUAUAUGUUGUAUAUGAGAAUAUGUUUAUAUUUUAUAAUCCAGUCUGGUAGGAAAUUAAAAGUUGAGAAUGAAGUUAUGAAGUAUAAAUCUGAAUGUGGGUGAACUGACAUUUUUUACUUUUAUAUGUUUUUUUAAUGUGUUUCACUGAGACUAAGUAUGUAUUAAAGGAAUAGUUCAAUA